AUGCCACAUGCCACGCAACAAAGUAACUCGGUGGUGGUGAUGGUGGUGGGAGUUCGCCCAUUGGACUAUGGGCUCUGUCACUUUCCUCAGAAGUUAACUCCCGACAAGAUGAGCGUUUCUUUGGCCCCGGCACUACUGCUGCUGCUGGGCUGCACCCUGGCUCUGGCCCAGUACCAGUACCAGGCACCCCACCAGACCCUCGCCCAGAAGUUCGCCGAUGUGGUGGAUGUGGUAGAUCCUUCCGAAGAAGCUCUUAAGGCUGUGCGUCCAGUGAAGAAUCGCAAUUCCUGCAACACCAAACAGAACUGCUUCUGUGGAACCCCUAAUGUUAACCGUAUCGUGGGUGGCCAACAGGUGCGCUCAAACAAGUAUCCAUGGACCGCCCAACUGGUCAAGGGUCGCCACUAUCCCCGACUCUUCUGCGGUGGAUCCCUGAUCAACGAUCGCUACGUCCUGACUGCUGCUCACUGCGUACACGGCAACCGGGAUCAGAUCACCAUUCGCCUGCUCCAGAUCGACAGAUCCUCCCGGGACCCUGGCAUUGUCAGGAAGGUGGUCCAGACCACUGUCCAUCCCAAAUACGAUCCCAACAACAUUGUCAAUGAUGUGGCUCUGCUCAAGCUGGAGUCUCCAGUGCCUCUGACCGGAAACAUGCGUCCAGUCUGCCUACCCACGGCCAACCAGAACUUUGAUGGCAAGACCGCUGUUGUCGCCGGCUGGGGUCUGAUCAAGGAGGGUGGUGUCACCUCGAACUACCUGCAGGAGGUAAAUGUGCCAAUUAUCAGCAACCAGGCUUGCCGCCAGACCCGCUACAAGGACAAGAUCGCCGAGGUGAUGCUCUGUGCCGGCCUGGUCCAGCAGGGUGGCAAGGACGCCUGCCAGGGCGACAGUGGCGGCCCACUGAUCGUCAACGAGGGUCGCUACAAGCUCGCCGGUGUGGUGUCCUUCGGCUAUGGAUGCGCCCAGAAGAAUGCCCCAGGAGUGUACGCCAGGGUGAGCAAGUUCCUGGACUGGAUCAAGCAGAACACCGCCGACGGUUGUUACUGCCAGAGCUAGACGAGAAAUCAUUCAUUGCUUCACCCACUCACGAAAUCAAUUCCAUUUCUAAAUUAUUCUAAAUUAUUGAAAAGAG